AUGUUUGUAGCUAUUGGUUCCCCGAAAAGACUUUCAUUGUAUACUAUUUCCUCAUCGAGUCAUUAUGGUAUGGAUUCGCGUGUUGAACUGUUAACACCUGAAGGUCUGCGUGUCGAUGGUCGUCGCGCUAACGAAUUAAGAAAGAUCACAGCCAAGACCUCCGUCUUUAGUCAAUCGGAUGGAUCUGCGUACAUUGAACAGGGAAAUACAAAGUGUUUAGCUGCUGUAUAUGGCCCACGAGAGGUGCGUCAUCGUAUGCAAGCACUUGCUGAUCGUGCAAUCAUCAAUGUUGAAUUCAACGUCGCCCCUUUUAGUACAAGCGAACGAAAGAAACGCUCAAAGAAUGAUAAACGCUCUCUUGAAGUAGCCACUUUUAUUAGACAAACAUUUGAGCCUGUAAUCCUUACUAGUCAAUUCCCUCGCUCCCAAAUUGAUAUAUAUCUUCAGAUCUUCCAACACGAUGGUGGACUACUUCAGAGCUGUAUUAAUGCAGCUACAUUGGCAUUGAUCGAUGCUGGUAUCCCAAUGUUGGAUUAUGUCUGUGCAUGCUCUGCGGGAUGUAUUGAUAAAGUUCCUGUAUUGGAUUUGAAUAAUCUUGAAGAGUCUGCAGAUACACCAGAACUGACAGUAGCAAUACUCCCAAGAACAGGCAAAGUCAAUCUAUUAGAGAUGGAAUCUCGCUUACAUAUAGAGAAGCUAGCAAGUGUGACUGAAUUGGCGACAGAAGGAUGUAUGCAGAUCCACAAGAUACUGGAUGAUGUUGUCAGAAAGAAUACGCAGCAUCUUAAAGACAGACUGACAUCAUAGAUAACUCAAUUGCCCUCACAGGGACCAUUUGCAUUGCGUGACUGAUUUGUCAUGGUAAUAUGGAUCCUCCUCAAAUAUAUUUUUAAAAAAUCGUCAGCUCUCU